GAGGCUGCUGUGUGGGGAGCUGACGCUGCUCACUCCAUCCAGAGAGAGCGAGAGACCCGGACACUUUGCCAACAGGGCAAGCGCCUGGCUGGGGAACCAUGUCCAACAACAUGGCCAAGAUCGCCGAGGCCCGCAAGACGGUGGAGCAGCUCAAGCUGGAGGUGAACAUUGACCGCAUGAAGGUGUCAAAGGCGGCGGCGGAUUUGCUGGCCUAUUGCGAGGCGCACGCCAAAGAGGACCCGCUGGUGACCCCGGUGCCCUCCUCGGAGAACCCCUUCCGCGAAAAGCGGCUCUUCUGCAUCGUGCUUUGAGCCCUGCAGCCAGCGACUCAGCCCCCCGUCUCCCCCCCCGGGGGGCUGCAGCUCCAGAGCGGCACCGCUGGCUUUAGCAUAGGGGAGCGGAGAGUGGGUCAGAGACCGGCGGGGAGGUGGGUGGGCACUGGGGGACAGAGCAUGGGGUGUGGGCUGCACACCCUGACUGACCUGGGGCGUCUGCUUCACCUGUCCUCCUUUCUCCCCCCCCCCCACCAGUGAACAUUAUCUCU